AUGAGGAGAUGUGGGCGCAGCUACAUUAUUGUGAACAGUUCAAAUGGUAAACAACCAAAGGAGCCAAGGGGAACUUUACUUGGUAUGAUUGUUGGAAUCAUUUUUGGCUUCCUGAUUGGAGCUUCAUCUCCUUGGCUGUCAUUAACCAAGCUUAAUAUUAAUGGAAGUCUCGAUGUGGGUUCCAAUGAGAAUAUCGACCUUACAGCAAAUCAGAAUGUCAUGGAUCCUCCAAAGAUUUGGGAUUCAUCGAACCCCAGAGGGGCAGAAAGAUUACCCCGAGAAAUCGUUGUUUCUGAGUCAGACUUCUUUCUCCGUCGAUUAUGGGGUGAUCCCAAUGAGGACCUAACUAGUCGACCCAAGUAUUUGGUAGCAUUCACGGUUGGUUAUAACCAGAAAGACAACAUUGAUGCUGCUGUCAAAAAGUUUUCGGACAAUUUUACAAUUCUUCUGUUUCACUAUGAUGGUCGAACGACUGAAUGGGAUGAGUUCGAGUGGUCCAAGCGGGCUAUCCAUGUGAGUGUUGCUAAACAGACAAAAUGGUGGUAUGCGAAAAGGUUUCUGCAUCCCGACAUUGUGGCUGCAUAUGAAUAUAUAUUUAUCUGGGAUGAAGACCUGGGACUCGAGAAUUUUAAUGCAGAGGAAUAUAUUAAGCUCGUGAAGAAACACGGAUUGGAAAUUUCGCAGCCAGCUCUGGAAGUGAACGGGUCUUGGAUAUCGUGGGAAUUGACUAAGAGACAAAGUGAUCGCGAAGUUCACAAGGAAGUAGUGAUAGAGAAGCCGGACUCGUGUACUGAUCCUCAUUUGCCACCGUGUGCAGCAUUCGUGGAGGUCAUGGUUCCUGUCUUCUCCCGGGAUGCAUGGCGCUGCGUGUGGCGUAUGCUUCAGAAUGAUCUGGUUCAUGGUUGGGGUUUGGAUUUAAAAUUUCAGAGAUGUGUUGAGCCUGCACAUGAGAAGAUUGGAGUGGUCGAUGCUCAACCGGUCCUUCAUAAAAGGAUACCUACACUCAAGGAUGAUGAGAUAAAUGGAACACCAAAGAAUGGAGUGCCUCUCCAGGAAAGUAAUGAUGCCAUAUCAUUACAGAGAAACGAGGUUCACAAAAGGGGUUUUCUAGAGUGGGGAAUGUUUGAGAAUAGGUUUGCAGAUGCAGAUGAAGCCUACUAUAAGUCAAUAGGCAGGGAUUCUCCCUUCCAAUCUCAAACCUCUUUAGAAAGUAGCAUUUAA